UGCGUAGCUUUCCGGCGGGAAGAGGGGGCGGCCGGAAGUGCCGCUCACUUCCGGCUGUGGCGGGCACCAUGUCGGAGGGGCGGCCGCUGCGGCUGCUGGCGCUGCACGGCUACCGGCAGAGCGAGCGUCGCUUCCGACAGCGCACCGGCGCGCUGCGCAAGGCUCUGCGAGGCCGUGCUGAGCUCGUAGCCCUCGAUGCUCCGCACCUCGUGCCCGGCAGUGAGGAUGAAAUAAGCGACGACCCCCCACGUGGGUGGUGGUUUUCCAGGCCGGGAGCUUUUGAGGCCUCGGAGGCAGCGGAUCAGCCGGCAGGGCUGGAGGAAUCGCUGGAGGCCGUGGCGAGAGCGCUGGAGGAGCGCGGGCCUUUCGACGGGCUGCUGGGCUUCAGCCAGGGUGCGGCGCUGGCCGCUAUGGUGUGCGCCCUGCGGGCCCGCGGGGAUCCGCGCUUUCCCGUCGCCUUCGCCAUCCUGGUGGCCGCCUUCGCCAGCCGCGCGCCGGCCCACGAGCACUUCUACCGGGAGCCCAUCGCCCUGCCCUCGCUGCACGUCGUGGGCGAUGCCGACGCUGUCAUUGCCGCGCACCUCAGCGCUGAGCUGGCGCGGUGCUUCGUGGAGCCCGUCGUCGUCACGCACCCCGGCGGGCACUUCGUCCCCGUGGCUGCGGCACAAAAGGAGGCCUACCUGCGCUUCUUGGAACGUUUCUGCCCUGGGCAGGGCCGGGCUGAGCAGCCAGGGGCUGGAGCAGUGUGAUAGCAGUGUCUGUAAUUUGUGGUGGGCUGCUUGGUGGGGCAUCUUGGAGCUGAGCUUGCUGUUUCUGCUCUCUUUGGAGAGGUUGUCACGAUCUCUGUGCUCUUUUGCUAUAUUAACAUAGUGAAACUCUUCUGUAUCUCUUCUUUGCAACUUUAUUAUGUAUGUGACAUUGGAUUGCAGGCAAGAGAGUGAUGCAGCUGUGCCUGAUGGACUUUCAGAGUCCCUUUAAAAGUACGAUCUCAGUCAGAGGAAGCAGCUGCAGAGCACACAGUACUUGCAGCUCUUAUAUCCAAAAAGGUUUGUGUUUUCAGUAUCCCCUACUAAAUAAACGAAGCCAGACUUUCAAUGGGCCUGGGCCUAGAGAAGACAUUUCCUGGCAGUGUCAGGGUUGGUGUUUGCCUCAUGCAUUAAAUUUCUCUGCUGGUUCAGCUUGUA